UCUUUUACACACUGAUUUUUGACUAGUCGCUAGUGUGACUACCUGUGGAGAUCAUUCUUAUCCUCACAGGCACGACAAGGUACUUUUUUGAGCCGUAGGGGCGUUAUGAAGUGACGAGAUAAGAAGAUCGGUUACUCUACUUGAACUAUUUUUUCAACCUCUGCUUUUCUUCCAACGCAAAGGAUUUGGUUUUAAACAUUAUCUGAGGAUCUACCUCAGUGCACACCAACACACAGCUGGGUAAUCAGCUGUGGUGGCAUUUUUGUGAUCUCUGCACGUGCGAACUCCUGACUUAACAGGCUAUUAUAAAGUGCUUAAGGCUUACGCACUCAUAGGCGUACUUAAUCAUUUAGGCUUAUAUUUAAGACAUUCAAGAAAACAACACUUUGGAAAAACAUACUCGCUGGAUGAACUUCUAAAUAUCAAUUUUUAAAAAAGGUUAAGUUUGUUUUUUCACCGCUCACGAAAACUUGCAUCCCUGUUCUACGGGUGAGCAUCUACAGAUGAUGGAGCUCCCUGCGGAGCCUCGGUGGAUGAUGCAUGCCCAUCAUUCAGCCUUAAUGGGUACCUCAGACUCGGUGUCUCCUCACGCUGGUUUAGGACAUCAUUCGGGAUAUAUGGAGACAGGUACCCCAAUAUUACCACCAGACGAGCUGGAUGUAUUUCUCAGUCAUUUGGACUCUCAAGGAAACCCCUAUUAUCACACACACGGGUCCCACUCUCAUACUCGUGCACGAAUGUCUUACAGUCAAACGCAUGCACGGCUUAAUGGUGGCUCAAUGUGUCGACCUCACCUCAUCCACACUCAAGGUCUCUCUAUACUGGACAACAGCAAAUCGACUUUUUCGGCGGCGCAGCACCACAGCACAUGGACCGUCAGCCACCUGGGCAAAGCGGUUCUGCAUUCAGCAGGCGCUGACAACGCAAACCCCCUGUACACCGGCACCGGUACGCCUGGCCCAGCUUCGAUGCCUUGCCUGUCAGUGACUCAACAUUGCAGCCCUCAGCUCUACUGCCUGCCCCCUACUCCACCCAAAGAUGCGUCCCCCGACCCUGCUUGUACUUCUGCGAGGGACACUGGGAAGUACCAUCUGCAUCUUGUCGAUGGGAUGAAGAUGGAGUGCUCCAGUCCAAUUCGUGGCAAUCUGUCACAAACUACAACUAUACCUUCAUAUUGUGAUUACGCUCUAUCUGGAGCGCACGAGUACCCAGGCAGUGUGUUUCAUUCCAGAGGUCUGCUCGGGAGCAGCGCGAGCAACAUGACGUCAAAAUGCAAAAGCAAAAGCCGCGCUUUCUCAGGGCGUGAAUGUGUGAACUGUGGAGCUACAUCAACUCCUCUGUGGCGGAGAGAUGGAACAGGUCAUUAUCUCUGUAAUGCAUGUGGACUCUAUCACAAGAUGAACGGCCAGAACCGACCACUCAUCAGACCUAAACGCCGACUGUCAGCAUCUAGACGAGCAGGCACCUGUUGUGCCAACUGCCAGACUGGGACCACUACACUUUGGAGACGUAAUGCCAACGGAGAACCCGUAUGUAAUGCUUGUGGUCUGUACUACAAACUACACAAUGUGAACCGUCCACUUACUAUGAAGAAAGAUGGGAUCCAGACACGCAAUAGAAAAAUGUCAGGCAAACCUAAGAAGAGAAGAGGAGAACAUUUUCAGCAAUUUGACAGUUGUGUGCAUGAGAAACCAUCCACCUUCAGCCACAUGACCAACAUGCCCCACCCCUUCAAUAUGACCCAACCAAUCCAAUUACAUCCUGCAUUCAGUCACAGCAGCUUAGUCACUGCUAUAGGCUGAGAGCCACUUGUAGAAGAUACCAUACUUAAUGAACACAUUAACUGCAUUGUUCAGUUUUAAUGUUCGGGUCAAGGACAUUUUAUUAAUGUUUCAGACUUGGGUUCAAAUGUUCAUUAAGCAAAUCUCAAAAUUCUAUUCAUUCUUGAUUUAAAAGUUGCACUUUAUUUUGUAGAUUUCUGAAAUGCGAAUUAAACCAACCCAGAAUCCAACUCUAGUACACCAAGAGUUUAAUUAAUUUGCCAGUUUUUCAUUAAUAAUAAAUAUCCCCUAUUAUUCAAAUAUAAUCACAAGUACAAAAACAUUUAUGUCUGUUUAUGUCAUCUAUAGCAUUGCACUGUAUCUUAUGUAACUGUGAAGUAUGAAGGAGAAGCCCUGCAUUUUAAAAGUCAUAAUAUAAACCAAAUAUGUAGGACUGUCCCUAAACCAUUUGUAAUUAUAUAACUAUUUCUUUAAUUUAUUUUUUCUUUGUUCUUAUUUUCAAGCUUUAUAUAUGAACUAGUAUCAACAUCAGUAGUAUCAAUUCAUAUUUUCUGUACACAC